AAAUCCGUCGCCCAAAACUUCCGCUUUUUUGUCGAAUCUUUUCUUCGCCCGUUCCAGAAAGGGUUCAGUAUCUUAAACCCCAAGGCCAUGGCUCUCAGAUCGGCGGCGGCGGCGGCUCCUCGGAGUUUGAGGCGGCUUCUUUCUCGUACUUCAACUUUUACUCCAUCGACGAUCUCGCACUCUAUUCGGGAUUGGGAGAAACCGGAGCCGAGCGCGAAUUCCUUCGUUUCUGUCCGGCUGUUCUCCGGCGCUUCAACCUCCAGUUUCAUUCCUCCGCCGCUCCCUCCGUCCGCUCAGCAGCGUGAGAAGCCUGAGCCUAGUACUAACCUUUUCGUUUCCGGCCUCAGUAAACGCACUACUACCGAAAAGCUUCAUGAAACCUUCGCACAGUUUGGUGAAGUUGUUCAUGCUAGAGUUGUGACUGAUCGAGUGACAGGAUAUUCUAAAGGAUUUGGCUUUGUUAAAUAUGCCAAUUUGGAAGAUGCGGCUAAAGGCAUAGAGGGUAUGGAUGGAAAGUUCCUGGAUGGUUGGGUUAUAUUUGCUGAGUAUGCCAGACCAAGACCACCUCCCGAGAACAAUGCAGCACCUCCGUAUGGCCGGCAAUGACUCUCUCAUUAAGUUUUGCAAGGAUGCUACUGGUCUGCAAGAUGAAACCCAGGAAUUAUAUGAUUCAAGUUCUUUCUUCAAUGGAGGUUUAUUGGUCUUAACUCCCAUUGCUGAGAACUCUCUUGUUCUGCGGGACUGGAGAUCAGCUGCCCAGCUGCCGCAGGUACGAGAGUAUAUUUAAAUUGAGACAGAAUUUUAUGUGUACGAUGUUGGCCACCUAUUUUUGAACAAAUUCACUCGAACUUAUUUAUAUAUAUGCUCGCAAAUAAACUUACUUUGAUCUGCAUUUUUUUUAAUGGGAAGCCUUUGUUUGGUACUGCU